AUGCCUACGUUGAGUGAACAGAUAGUUAUACAAGAAACUGUCCAAAACGAAUUGAAACAAACUAUUCCCUCACAGCCUAUAUACGAACGUUUCGGCGGCAAUAUCUUUCUUCCUGUUUCUCGUACAAAUGCUUUAAUCCAGUGUGAAGAAAAACUUGUAAGGCUGCGUAAAAAUUCAUCUGAGUUAAAGACGGAUAAGGACUAA